AUGGCGCCGAGGCAUCGGCAUCGAACCAUCCCGACCUCCUCCCUCGUCAUCUCAUACCUCGUGUCCCAAUCCCAGGCGGCCUUCGUCAACGACUUCUCCGCGUACCCGGUCAAUGCGAGAUCAUGUAUGAACACGGCGGCGGCGGCGUCCGGCUGCGCCGGCAACACGGUGACGGAGAUGAACACAUGCCUCUGCGGCAACGGCGGCAACUUCGUCAUGGCGACUGCCAAGUGCGUCGAGAAGGAGGCCAAGGACGAGCUCGACGACGUAUACGAGAUGCUCCUGACGUCCUGCACGGAUUCCAAGACGCCGCUGGCCGUGUCGCAGGCCCAGUUCCUCGACCCCGAAGAAGAAGACGACGACGACAAGGCGUCUUCGACGUCCUCCAUCAACGGCGUCAGCAGCAUCAGCAACAGCGCCGGCGGCAGCAGCUCGACAACAUUCGCCACGUCCAUCACAACGCCGCCGAACGUGGCGACCUCGGCACGGGCACAAGCGUCCAUCACGUCCACGUCCAUGACGACCUACGAGAGCGUGGCGCCGGGCGGGGUGACGAUCACAGUCACGAGGGGGAUCGAGGUGGUCCCCACGGGGACGGUCAGCAGUGGGCAGCAGGGUAGCAGCGGCGACACGUCCACCUCCGGCGACGACGACGGGCCCGGCCGCGGGGUGCUGGCGGCAGGAAUCGCCGGAGGGUUCGCCGUUGUCAUUGGGGCCCUCGCGUUCCUCUGCUACCGUCGCCGGAAGCAACGCAAGGAGCGAAAGGGCCAGGUCGGGGCCGGCGGCAAGUUUGCGUCGUUAUCCAGCGCGACGAGCCUCACGACGAUGACGGCCUCGCCGCCACAGGGCCAGACGGCGACGACGGCAUAUCACGGUGCGAACGACCUCCGACCCAACACGGCAAACUCGAUGCAGAUGGCCGUGGGCACCGCUGCAUGGGGUCGUCAACAGCAACAGCAACAGCAGCAGCAGCAACAUCAACAACAACACUACCAACAUGGACCACAAAGUCCCCAACACUGGCAGCAAAACAACUCACCGAAUCAGUACGGCCAGCCUGCAGGAGCUUGGCCAUCGCCGGUAACCAACACGGACGGCACCAACGGAUCAUGGGGGGUCUCGCCCGUCUCGCAAUAUCCCACCCACGCGUCGAGAGGACACGAAUCGCCCCCGGCGCAGAACGCGACCUGGAACGCGCACGCGGUGCCCGCGGGCGGCGUCCCCGCGCCUCACCCUUCACACCACCCGUCGAACCACACAUACGCCCCCGUCUUCGAACUACCCGGAGACGAGACCCAGGCCGUCGAGGCCGACUCGACGCCCAUCGGCCACGCGCAGCCGAUCCGUCCGCCCUCGCGGUCGAUACAGUCGACGCCGGCGCACAUGUCGGCUCACCCAGCACCAGCACAACCGGCAGCGGCACACCACGGAAUGCCGCACAGGCAGAUUGACGACGCGCUGCAAAUAUCACAGGUGGAGCUACCGCCGCCACGGUACUCGGGACCCUCGUCAGGGUCGGAAUGGGCCAGCGAGGACAAGAAGUUCGGCUGA